CUGGAAGGAAUCCUAAGGGUCAUCUAGUCCAACCCCCUGCCGGGCAGGAAUGAGAAAGAGCAGAGGAGGCCAUUUUGAACCCACAACCGCUCAGCUACAUUGUUUUAUUUUGUAUCAAAACAGGAGUGCUCUUAUUUUAAAAGAAGACAUCACAGAGUUGCAAAUGCACAGGGAUUAAAAAACUGUGGCCUCCCAGAUGUUGUCAGACUCCAAGUCCCUAAUACCACUUCAGUGGCAUUUGCAAAUAGUUGUACCCCCAUAGUUGAUUGAUACAAAUAAAGAUGGAUUCACAUAGAACCUGGGUUUGAAAGGCAUACAUAUUACAGCCAUCUUAGUCCUAUAGUAACUUCCAGGAGAAAAUUCUAUGCACCCUUGCAAUCUUACAGACCUGCCUACUCACGUCCCACGGGCAUCAGUGGGGCUUAGUCCCAGAUAAGGUUGCAUAGGGCUGCAGCCUUGGAAAGUAAGUUCCAUUGAGUACAACGAGGCUUACUUCCGAGUAAGCAUUAGAAGAUGCUCUGUGGCCCAAACAAGAGAAAGAAAACGUAGGAGACUGUCAUAUGACAGCAGGGAGAACAACUGCGAUUCGGUACAGAAUAAAAAAAAGGGGGUGGCGCUUGUCGUAAAACAAAAGACCAAACAAACAUGUAUCAAUUCGAAAGAGCAAUUUUUUUUACAAAAAAAUGCCCAUUGUAAAGCUAUUUGGGGAAUAAAUUUAUAACUGCCCUUGUUGGAAAGCCAAACCCCAGUGCUCUCUGUUGCACGGUGCAUCCUUAUAGAUGUCUGCCAAAAUGUUUAUGAUAUUUUAACUGUGCUUAAUCUUGUUAAAUCAUUUUAGGCGGUUGUGGCGGCGAAGCAGCCUAACAGGAGACAUUGCACAGGCAGACGUUGCAUUCCAAAGUGAGCUCAGUUGUUGUGCAAGAGGCAACACGUAUGUUCUGUAGUCGUGGCCGAGUGGUUAAGGCGAUGGACUAGAAAUCCAUUGGGGUCUCCCCGCGCAGGUUCGAAUCCUGCCGACUACGUGCGAGACAAAAAAAAUAAAUUUUGUCUACGUGCUUCGUGAAUGUGACGUUCUGCUUUUAACUUUCAAUCCCAGACUUUAAUGAAUAGGUUUUGUUUAUUUAUUUAACCAUUCUCCGCGGCGGCUUAGACGCGGGGGCGGAGGGGGCGGGGAGCGCCUGCCCUCGCCCUUCUUCCCCCCCCCCCGCUGCUACCAUGGCAACGAGGGGAAGGGGGGUGAGAGACGUGAAGAGAGACUAAGAUGGCGGACGACCUGGAUGAGCUGCUGGACGAGGUAGAGAACAAGUUCUGCCGCCUCUCGAGGCGAGACUGUUCGGAGCGAGGCCGGCCGGGCCAGGGGCGGAAAAGGAACCGCUUCCGCGAGGAGGAAGAAGAGGCCGAAGCCGAGGCUGCCGCGGCUGGGGAGAGGGCCAGGUGAGCACUGCGCAUGCUCGCGCCUUCCUCCUCCUGCUCUCCCCCGCCCCUCCGAGAUGCCCCUAAAGGGGAGCGCAGUUUCAAAGAGAAGUAUUAACGACACUUCCGGUUCCCAGUUAGCGUGUAGAGCAAACUUCAGAAAGCUCCGAAGCCUUUAAAAAUAAAAUCCCUCAUUUUCUAAGCGUGUUUAGGUUGCACUCACCAAGCGAAGUUACUAUGAAAGUAGCCCAAUUGAAUUAAGUGAUACUUCGAGUAAGCAUGCAACCGUUUGCGCAUCUCAGGCUUUUCCCACCUUCCACCCAUCCAGCCUUUGGGCAACCCACGCAGAGAAAAAGAAGAAAAUACAGCAAGGGCACCAAAGAAGUGCUUCGGCGGAAGAUGCCUUUCCCUUGCCUUGUUUCUUGUGCGUGAUGAUGAUACUCCUGGCCCGCACAGGAGCGUGUUCGAGCGGAAACCAGAAAUGAGGGUUGUGCGCGACUCUUCCGCGUAUUCUACCUCUGUGGGUGCCGCUUAGUCUCUCCGUUCUACUACUCCCUCCCUCGUUUCCAGGCGACGUGACGCGCGACCACCCAGCUGUUACUGCUGCCAGAUUCUUAGCUUGCAUGAACACACCAGCGUUUCCCAAUCCCUUCAGACUAUCCCCAUCUCUGCAUCUUUUUAACAUUCUCCAACACCCCCUCUGGCUUAUCUUCCAGACAGUUUACCCCUCUUCCCCUUCCACCAACUGCUCCACUGAAUUAUGUCAAACCCAGGAAACAUGAAUCUCAAGCCACAGUUGCAGACCACAGUCUGUGCAUUUAUUUAUUUUAUUUCAUAAAACUUAGGCACUGCAAACAAACUAACCAACAGCGCGGUUUACAGAAGAUAAAACAGUAAAAUAAAAUAUUUUAAAAAUCACAACCCCGCUUCAAAACACGCAAAAGUUAAAAUACUAAAACAGCUUAAAAUUACCUCAGCUUUCUAAGCAUCUGGGCAGGCUUGCAUAAGUAGCAAGUAUCAUGGAUGAACAAUCUUUGCUUCCUCUCACCUUUGUGGGAAACUGUUUGGCCACUGUGCACACUGCGGAUACUUGGAGACAAAACAUGUCGUUUUCACAUGUGACAACUGCCACAGGGGUUUUAAGUGUUUGAAGCGGCUUUCCUCAUGCUUUGGCCAGCAUCUUCUAAAUAAACUUACCAAAGGAUGCUCCUCUUCCAUUUCUUUCCAGAUUUUCCAAAGUAUUGACAAAAGGUGCUAGUGAAGAAGAAGACAUAGAUGACAUAAUUAAAGAUAUCAUCGAUGAAAACAGCUAUGCCAAAAAUCUUGUGGUAGGUCAAGACAAAGCAACCUCUGAGAAAAGGGAAAGUUGGGGGUGGGGGUCAGUCAGAACCUUUGAAGAAGAAAGCCAGAUGAAAAAGGAAAGUGGUGAAAGUCUAGAGUAAGAAUAGACAACCUUCCCCUGCAGUCAAGGCCGGGGUUCCCUCAGGAGUAAUCCGUCAGGGCUGUAUGGUCGUGGUGGGCAGAACCAAAGCCAAGGAAGCAGAGAAAAAGUGUUCUGGAUUCCCUAAUCUGGAAUAAAGCUAACACUGCUUCAGUUGUCACAUCAGAUUAGAAUUUGUAGUCCUACGCAUCAGCCAGAGCCAUUUACUCCAGUCCAAAACCCAAAGUUCACAUUAAGAGAAUGGGUACAUCCUUACUGGAGGAAGGAAAAUACUGCCUGACUGAUGGAGCAGUGUGGUUCCCCAUGUAUCCUUGCUGCAGCUGACUGCGGAAAUGGGAGCCAUUUGUGAAGCCCUCAUGUUGUUUGCUGCUUUUCUACCCUCUUGUAUUCCUCCUCUUCGAGUAGACUUCUGGUCCUUGUUAUUUGGAAACAAAAGCAGGAAAGCUUUUCCGUGCUGCUGGUUUGUGUUAAGAGGUCCCCAUCUCUCUCUCUCUCUUUAUUAGAAACAUAAAUCUAAGUCACCUAGCCCUGCAUCUGAAAACAGAACUACCUCCAUUCAAGCUCAUGGUAAGAGGUAGGUAAAAAUAACAUGAGUGAGUAAAUGCUUUGAACAGUAAACAGCUAAUUUCAACUUAACUCUAUUGACAGUAAACAAAAGAAUGCAUGGGUUGGAUCAAGUGACUUAGUUGCACUAAGGCGGCAAGCCUGUACACACUUACCUGAGAGUAAGUCCUAUUGAACUCAGUGGGAUUUACUUUUUGCCGUUAGUUCUCAUUGAAAUCAAUGGGACUUGUGUUAUUUACAUUGCACCAUUGGGUAGGUCACUGCCCCAAAGAGCUUACAAUCUAAAUUUCAGGAUAAGCAAAACAACAGUGGAAGGUAAGGCAGGGGCAAAUUGGAAGAACGGUAUGGCUAUUUCAUUUACAUGUGCAUAGGUUUAGGCUGCAAUCUAAUGCCAGGUUAUCGGAGACUAAGCCCCACCGAACACAAGGGUACUUCCAUAUAGCUAUUUCUAGAAUAUCACUGUUCAUCAGAAGCUAACUAUAUAUGUUUUCUCAGAAGUAAAUUUGUCUAUGUUCAACAUGGGAACGAGAAAGUUCUGCCAAAAGACCCAUAUAGGGUACGUGUAUUUUGAGGGUGGAUUAGAAGGACGAGUCUUACCCAGGGCACAGUUUCAAACUGCAGUGGUACCUCGGGUUACAGACGCUUCAGGUUACAGACUCCGCUAAACCAGAAAUAGUACCUCCAGUUAAGAACUUUGCUUCAGGAUGAGAACAGAAAUCAUGUGGUGGCAGCGGGAGGCCCCAUUAGCUAAAGUGGUACCUCAGGUUAAGAACAGUUUCGGGUUAAGAAUGGACCUCUGGAACAAAUUAAGUUCUUAACCUGAGGUACCACCGUACAGGACAGCAAGGAAGAAAGGGCAGAUUCAUUUGAAUCAUUGCUAACUUUUCACUUUGAUUUCAAUGGCACCUAAGUGCAACUAGCAUAGCAUGGAUCAAACCCUAUGUUUUCAGUGGACAGAAUUUUAUUGCUGUGUUGCAUUAUUGCUGGUUAGGGCAGCCAGAUGCAAAAGAGAAGAGGGCUCCUACAUCUUUAAUAGCUGUGCAGAAGAUGGAAUUUCAGCAUGUGUGUUUGGCAAGCUAUGCUCUCCUCUUUAGCCUCUGGUCUCCCUAACGCUGGCAGUUUUGUGAGUAUGUGGGAGCACCAGUUGAUGCUUAUGAAGAAAUGGUAGUAGAAGAAAGUGUUUGGUAGAAACCCUGCAGGUUCUGGAGUAUUUCCCUUCCAGUUGGGGUUUUUUGCCCCCAAGAUACAUAUAUCAUGCAGAUAAUAAUAUUGCCAUUUCUUCUGAAUUGUCCUGCCUUAUAGUUCUACAAACAAAAGGUUUGCUGAAAAGGUACACAUGCUCACUAGCGUAAUGACACCUGAGAAAUCAAACGAUGCAAACUUUGCAGGCAAAUGGUUUAAGGUGGGGUUUUUUCUUCUUCUUCUUCAAAACUAUUUCAAGGCUUUCCAAUUUAAUUCUUAUAGAUGUUGCCCUGUAUACCUUGGUGGAAGCAGCGCGCCACAUGGUAUAGGAACAAAUAUUUCUCAGAGGUAGGCAUUUAAAAUAAAUAAAUACUGGCAAUUGCAUUAUGAGACCUUCAUGUUUCUCUUACUGCUAUAUUAGGAAGGAACAUACUAUAAGCUGCUGCUUUAUACUGAAUCAGACUGUUGGUCCAUCUGGCAUAGUAUUGUCUACACGGACUGGCAGCAACCCUCUGGCAUUUCAGACAGAGGCAUUUCUCAGUCCUUCUUGGAGAUGGCUGGGACUGAACCUGGGAGCUUUUGCACCAUCUGUGACCCUCUCCACCCCCACCCAAGCUGCUGCACACAGUUAUCUCAGCCUGUGGUCUGGUAGCCACAAGGAGUCAGUCUGAGUUCACUGUUCAGCUCAUCAGCCAGUGGCAAGGCAGGUGAGAAAAGCUCCCAGCACAUGCAGGAUUCAACCCAUGUUUGUUUAGAUUUCUGUAUACCACUAGCAUUUGUCUACUUGCUUACCCAUGUUAAAGAAGCAUAUGAAUCAGAAACACAGAGGAUCUUGGAUAUAUGUUCACAUAGUUUCGCAGACAUGAUCCUCUUGCGAGGAGGGAAGUGGUGAGAGAUCAGCUGUGAUGUGCCAUAUAGGUCAGUUGCCAUAAGGAUUUUUCCUAGGCUAACUUCUUCCUGUAAAAUGGAGGCACCCAAGCUUUUACCCAUAUAUAGAAAUAAGAGUGAAAAUUGAAUUAAUAACUACCAGAGUUGCAGCCUUUAAUCAACUGAGGUUUUAUCUUACUGAAUGGUAAGAACCGAUUUUAAUUAGUGGAGGUUAAUUUUAAACAGUAGCACUGAAAGCUUACAGUGUAACCGUUCUGUUUAAAGUUCAGUCUAGUUCUGGUGUGUUAGGAUAGGAAAUGUGAAACAGAAUAUUCCUUUCCUUUUAACAGCUGUUUAUUAAAUUGUGAGUUUUUUCACACUUCUGUCAAGAUUUAAGAAAUGCACCUAUUAUGAGAUUGGAUAAUAUGAACAAGUUUAAUAAGUUAAGAAAUUAGUUCAUUGAACUGUUCCAUGUGUUUAAUCUAUAAUGUUUGUAAUCUUUUUUGGACAGAACCUGUGAUCAGCUGCGGUGUACUGCAUGUGACUUCCGCGUUUUGCAAUACGAUGACUUUCAGUGGGAUCAGUCAUGUGAUUACCUCUUUUUCAGGUAUGCUUUGCGGGUAAUAUUGAUAGGAAUAUUUGAUGUGACCUAUAUGGUAGUGGGGUAUCAUAUAAAUGCUGUGGUCCGUAAAUGUUCUGAUAUCAACUUUACAGAAUUGCAGGUGUGGAUAUUUCAGUACAUAGAUUGGGGGAAAGCCUAUAGCAGAAAGACCCAAAGGCUUUCAUUUCAGUGACAAGGGUAGAGUGUCUUUGUCUUGCUUCUACACUGUGGCUAAUUGGGCAAUGAUUGGCUGUGUAGUUCUGAGGGAGUUGGUUUAUUAUUAUUAUUAUUAUUAUUAUUAUCCCAUCCAUCUGACUGAGUUGCCCCAGCCAGUCCAACAAAUGUAAAAGCAUAAUAAAACAAGAAUGCUGUUGAAAUAGAAUAUUUUUGAUUGGUAGGAAUAACAUGCCUGAAUUCCGCAAGUUGAGGACGAAGAUGCUAACCAAGAAAGGAUCGAGGGCCUAUGCUUGUCAGUGCACUUGGAGAUCAAUAGAUGAAUUAACAGACCUCACUGUGGAUCGACAGCUCCGCUGGGUUUGCAGCAAACACGUCGAAUGAAGUUGUCUUUGUCAUCCACAUGCUCAUUUCUGUAUGAAGACCAUCUGUUCACUGCUCGGCAUCACGAGUGAUGAAUUGAGUGUGUUCCGUGUACACUUAGAUCUUGAUAAUCCAAAUACAAACCGUGGACUUUGCCUUGUCUGCAAUUCCCUUGUGAACUAAUGGAACUGGGGGGGCACAGUAAGCCGGAGACCUUCCUCAGCCUAGAGGACCAGGCUGGCAGAACUGUUGAGUACUUCCAGUGUAGCAGGAAGUGAAGCUGAAAGGAAACAAGGUCUGGGUCCUAGAAGGCAUCCCACAAAUGUAGAAGCGAGAGAGACAUCUGAAAAGAAAGAGAAAUCUGCCUCAGCUAAUACUUGGGUUAGAACACUUUUUGAAUAUGCGUGUGGGAUAUUUUGGCUUUGGCUUUUUACCUGCACAUGUGUAUGCAGUGAGCCAAUCUUCAAAUUAAUAUCAUUUCGGAGUUGUUUUAGCAGGAUGCUGAAGCUUGCUUUCAGAGCAAGAGCAAAUAGCUUGGACAGUCCAGCAAUGGAAAGGAAAAUGACACGACAGCUCCAGCAUUUUAAUAAGCUCAUUUCUAAUUGUGAGGCAGGUCCUUAGACUGCAGUCUUUAUGCACGUCAUCCCAGGAAUCAGCCCCACUGGACACAGUACUUGCUUCUAAGUAAACAUAACCAGAGUUGAGCUAGGGUGGAUCUUUUUCCACUCCCUUAAGUCUGCAAUCCUGUGCACACUCACUUGGAACAAAGUCCCACUGAAUUCAGUAGGACUUACUUCUGAGUAGAAUGCAUUGGAUUGAGCCACUCAAAGCUGUUCAUGUAAAUGAUAUUGCGAUGGAGCCUAAACAAUUUUUUUGCAAUGAUAUUCAAAAUCAAUGUAUUUUUUUGCGGGGGACAAGGUAAACAUCCUAUUAGGUGUAGGAUUAUUCCACCUUCACUGACACUCUGCAAGUUUUAAGUUCUCAGAAAACUGUUCUUAGAUGUCUAUUUCAGUUGUCUUUUGAGACUUUCAGUGCAUCCACAUUCUAUGUUUUAAUCUUUGUAUCGGAAUACCAAAUAUAAUCAAAGCGGUUCAGAACUCUUGCAUCCCCAUUUCCAUCUUAAAAAAAGAAUUGAGCCCAGUGUUAGUCAGACCCAGAGUGGAUAUAUUGAAAUGAACUGGACUUGCAUAACUGAAUUCCCUUGAUUUCAGUGGGCCUGCUCAGAGGAUGACUUAGCAGGGUUGUAUGAUUUUGAGUUGUAUGAUUUAGCUGAUCCUGAAUUAUUUUCUCAACCAACACAUGUAGCACUAUUCCAGGAGUUUUUUCUGUAGCACUGAAAGUUUAAAAGCGCAUUGAAGCGUAAACAAUUGUAGCAAGCAAGUGGUACUCAGAAUGUGGGAAACAAUAGCACAUUUGGGGAAAAAUUGUUGCUCAAAACACAUCAUCCUAUGCAAGGAAUUUCUUUUAGACCAUGUAAUCUGUUUAGAAUCAGAGUAUAAAUAACUUGGAUAUACUUUCUUUUAAACGAAAAUAUGGAAUCUAAAAGUCCACAAGGCAGAAAUCGUUCACUCUAAUUUCUCUGUAAUGCUAGAGUCAUUAAAAGUUGUAUUCUUGGCAUAUCUGAGUACGUUGGUUAAAUUUCAUAUGUUAAUUGCCUGUUGUAUUUGUUCUUUUUGGCCCCCAUGGGCCAACACAUGCCUGAAAUGUUAAAUACAUGCAUAGUUUGGUAUUUAUGAAAUAAGGAAUGUGAAACCCACUGAAUAAUUAGUAAACAGCACUAUAUAAAUACUGAUGAUGAUGAUGAUGAUGAUGAUGAUUAUCAUUAUUAUUGAGAGAUGGGGUUGGGAGUGAAUAUAAAUAUUGGUUACUGAUGGGAGGCAGGGUUUGGUGUGACUGAUCCUAGCCAGAUAUAGCUGGCUGGACCUAAGGUGUUUUUAGACUAGGAAUGAGAAGUCCAAAUGUUGGACUCCCAACUCCCAUCAGCCUAGCCAACAGUCAGGAAAGUUGGGAGAUGUAGUCCAACAACAUCUGGAGGGCAUCCCUGACUUAGACAGUGGUUGACACAGCAAACACCACUAGAUUCUAUCAUCUUUAAGAGCUAGUUCUGUGCAGUGUAAGCCAGGAGGUUCCUCAGAUACAAAUUCACUAGGUGACCUUAGACACAGCACUGGUCCUACACGCACACCAUCUGCAGUAUGUGGAGAACAGCACAGACCAGUCUUAUCAGGUUACUGUUGGAAUUACUGAACUAUUGUGCUUGAAGAACUUCAAAAGCCUAAAAGGUGCUAUAUACACUGUUGACCUGUGCCUCAGUGUGUUACAAACAAGUACAGCAAUUUGACUUCUUAAACAAGACUUCAACUUGGGGGGUGGGAGGGAAUUAAAGAAAAGGAUCUGAUCUGGACUUGGAUUGUAGAUGAAAUAGAAACAGUAAUUGGCAAUUUAAAGUAUUUCAGACUAUAUCUGAAAGAUUUUAUAUAUUAGACAUUUUACACAGCACAAGACAUUAAGUAUCAUAUAUUUAGGUGC